UCGUUAAAUAUAUACAUCCGUCUGUGAAUUAUCUUUUGCUCAGAGACGACCUGGCCGGGUAUUUGCACAAUAUAUGCAUUAGAAGUUUCCAUGCCCUAAGCUAGCUAUUUGUUCGGUGAACUCUUGCUGUGAGCAACCUAGAAAACUGUGACCCUCCUUUCACCUUACCUUCUUGUGUAUAUACAUACCCUUUCCAAAUACCUCGAUCCCUCCAUAUUAUAUAUAUGCAUCAUGCAGAUAGAUGUGCAUGCAUCUCUCUCCCCUCCCUAUCACUACCACUCCACAGAAUUGAAGAAAUCAUGGCCCCAAGCUUACCUCGCUGCUGAUCGAGUUGAGUACGUUGUACCGAUAAUUUAAUCUCUUCUUGGCCGGCCGUCGUCGUGCUCGUGCAUGAGGACGGCCAUGACCGGCGGCGUCAACGGUGGCGCGUGCGCGGUGUGCAAGCACCAGCGGCGCAAGUGCGAGCCCAACUGCGAGCUGGCCGCCUACUUCCCGGCCAACAGGAUGAACGACUUCCGCGCGCUGCACCUCGUCUUCGGCGUGGCCAACCUCACCAAGCUCAUCAAGGCCAACGCCACCGAGGCCGCCCGCCGCCGCGCCGCAGAUACGCUCACCUGGGAGGCGCGCUGGCGAGAGCGCGACCCCUCCGAGGGAUGCUACCGCGAGGUCUCCUGCCUGCGCCGCGAGAACGCCGUGCUGCGCGCCGAGAACGCCGCGCUGCGGAGGCAGGCCGAGCAGUGCGCCGCCGCCACGCGGCACGCCUCCACGUUGCAGCAGCAGCAGCUGUUGCUGGUCUCGGCCUACAGCGGCGCCAGGACUGGCAGCGCGCCGCACAUUGCCAACAACAACGGCGGCAGCGUCAUACCUGGUAACUUCGUCGGCGGUUGCUACAAUGGCGACGGUAGCGGCGGCGUCCGUGGCGCCAAUGGCAAUGCGGUGCUGCCCGUGCGACCUCAUGCCCCAGCUCCGGCAGCGCAGACCAUGUUUGGCUACGCGCAGGACGACUGCUACCCCGUGGUGGAAGGCAGGAACGGCUCUGGCGUGCCGAGGUCAGAUGCGGCCAUUAGAGGCCAGGUUGACUCUAGGGACAAGGACAACGCGAGGUGAUGCUGCUCAUGACAACUGGGCAGCAGUGGGCAAAAGAGGAGAUCAAGAUUUGAUUUUGAAUUCAAAAAUAAGACAUAGAGACUUCAUUUUCCUUUUUUUUAUUACUUCUGUUCUGCUUGAGCAAGACACCAGC